AUGAAGCAAAGAUUCUCGUCUUUGGACGUCAAGGUUAUUACCCGCGAGCUCGCCUCGGAGGUAGUCAAUCUACGAGUAUCCAACAUCUACGAUCUCUCGUCGCGAAUCUUCCUUUUCAAACUCGCCAAACCCGACCACCGCAGACAACUAAUCAUCGACUCCGGCUUUCGCUGCCAUGUCACGCAAUACUCGCGAACAACAGCAACAACACCCUCCCACUUCGUAACCCGCCUUCGCAAAGCCCUGAAAUCGCGUCGAGUGACCUCCGUCGAACAAAUCGGCACAGACCGCAUCAUUGACUUUUCCUUCAGCGAUGGCAUGUACCACUUGUUCCUGGAGUUUUUCGCAGGCGGGAAUAUCAUCCUCACGGACCGCGAGUAUAAUAUCCUAGCUGUGUUCCGGACGGUGCCUGAGGAGGAGGUACGGGUUGGCUUGAAGUAUACGGUUACCGAUAAGCAGAAUUAUCACGGGGUGCCGGAUAUCACGGCGGAGAGGAUCAGGGAGACGUUGGAGAAGGCGCAGGAGGCGUUUGCGAAGGAGGAGGCGGGGCCGAAGAAGUCGAAGAAGAAGGGGGUUGACGUUUUGAGGAAGGCACUGUCGCAGGGGUUUCCUGAGUAUCCGCCGCUUUUGUUGGAUCAUGCGUUUGCUGUGAAGCAGUUUGAUUCGGCGACGCCGUUGGCGCAGGUUCUGCAGGAUGAGGGUCUUUUACAAGGGGUUUUUAGUGUUUUGGAGGAAGCGCGAAGCGUUUCUGAAGAACUCUCUGCUAAGGAUAGUCAUCCGGGUUAUAUCGUUGCCAAAGAGGAUACUCGACCUGCCGAACCCGCCGCUGAGGGCGAGAACGAGGAAUCGAAGAAGCCGGCCUUGCUCUAUGAAGACUUCCACCCGUUCAAGCCCCGACAAUUCGCAGGAAAGCCGGAUAUCACGAUCCUAGAAUUCGACCGCUUCAAUGCUACUAUCGACGAGUAUUUCUCAUCCCUUGAAUCUCAAAAGCUGGAGUCAAGACUCACGGAACGCGAGGAGGCAGCGAAGAAGAAGCUCGAUGCCGUCAGACAGGAGCACCAGAAGCGUCUGGGCGAGCUAGAGAAGGCCCAGGAUCUGCAUAUCCACAAAGCAGGUGCAAUCGAGGAUAACGUCUAUCGGGUUCAAGAAGCAAUGGACGCAGUCAACGGCCUGAUUGCUCAAGGAAUGGAUUGGGUGGAAAUCGAACGCCUGGUUGAGAUGGAGCAAAGUCGCGGUAACCCUGUCGCCAAGAUCAUUAAGUUGCCGCUAAAGCUGCACGAGAACACCAUCACACUCCUCCUGGGUGAGGCGGGAAAUAUUGACGACGAGGACGAGAAGAUCUUCACUGAUGACGAGUCCGAGGAAGAAUCGGAGGAUGAAGAGCAGGAGGAGGCUAAAGCUGCGGAGAGGCAGUCUGCGCUGCUGACAAUUGACAUUGACCUUGGUCUCACGCCGUGGGCGAAUGCCACCCAGUACUACGAACAGAAGAAGGUGGCUGCCGCGAAGCAGCAGAAGACAGCUCAGUCGUCUACCAAGGCGUUGAAGAGUCAUGAAAAGAAGGUUACUCAGGAUCUGAAGCGUGGGCUGAAGCAAGAGAAGCAAGUAUUGCAUCUUUCUAGAAACCCCUUCUGGUUCGAGAAGUUUCUGUUCUUCAUCUCUUCAGAGGGCUACUUGGUCUUGGGUGGUCGCGACGCCAUGCAAAGCGAAAUGCUCUACCGACGCCAGCUCAAAAAAGGCGACAUCUUCGUGAACGCCGAUCUACAAGGCGCUACACCCAUGGUCGUGAAAAACAGACUCGGAGCUGCUAACGCACCGAUUCCCCCAAGCACCCUUUCCCAAGCUGGUAACCUCUGCGUCUCUACUUCGAGCGCUUGGGAUUCCAAAGCGGUCAUGCCUGCAUACUGGGUUGAGGCGAGCCAAGUAACCAAGACUGGCCCUGGCGGUAUUGUCCCUACGGGCGAAUUUAUCGUCAACGGCGAGAAGAACUUUCUGGCUCCCUCGCAGCUUGUUCUUGGAUUUGCUGUGGCGUUCCAAGUUAGCAAGGAGAGUCUUCGGAAUCAUAAGACUGGAAGAUUUGACAUUCCCGAGAUCGCUGAGGAGACCUCAGCAGCAGCAGAGCCGGCUGAGCACAAAGAAUUUGUCCAGGAGCAGAUUACAACGGGAGUUCCGAAGGAAACUGGGGAGGUUAACGGACAGGAGCAAGGGAUGAAACAAGAACAAGAGCAAGAGCAGGAACGAGGACAGGAUUCCGAAUCGGAUGAGGAAGAUCCUGAUCAAGUUCCUGCGAAGAAUCCUCUCCAGCGCGGAGUUUCUGAAGCGCAACAUGAGCCUGGUGGCCCUGAGUCAAACAAGAAGGAUGCAGAAGGCGAAGAUCAAAAGAACGGAGAGGCGGAACAAGAACCAGAAGAGGAGGCGGCAGAGAAAGGCGAAGAGGCCCAAGAUGAGGCAGGAGAACAAGCACAAGAGGCACAAGAGGAAGACCAACAACUCUCUGCAAGAGAGCGGCGCGCGCUUCGAAAAGGACAACUCGACUCGCCAGCCCCAGCCAAAGGCAAGCUUUCCGCACAGUCCAAGCAGCCAGCAGCCAAGAAACCACCUGCCCCCACGCGCGGCAAGAAAGCCAAGAACAAGAAGGCCGCAGCCAAAUACGCGGACCAAGACGAGGAUGAACGCGAGCUAGUCCUCCGCGUCCUUGGCGGCAAGAGCGCCAAAGCCGAAAAGGCUGAAGCUGCAGCCGCAGCAAAGGAGGCCCGCGAGCGCGAAGCUGAAGCUGCGAAGAAGCGCCGCAAGGCCCAGCACGAACGCGCUGCGGAAGCAGAGCGCAAACGACAAGCCCUCUUUGAAGCUGAUGACUACGACGAGGAAACUGCGGUUGCUGAGGCGGCGGACCUUUCCUGGAUCCCGGCCCUUGUUGGCACUCCCCACCCUGAAGACGAGAUCAUUGCUGCGAUUCCCAUCUGCGCACCAUGGGCCGCUCUGGGUCGUUACAAGUACCGCGUGAAAUUACAGCCGGGUGCCGUAAAGAAGGGCAAAGCUGUGAAGGAGAUCCUUGGACGGUGGAUUGCGGAAACCAACACAGGAAAGGUGAAGAAGGAGCAGGCUGAGGAUCUGGGUCUUAGUCUGGCUGAUGCGGAGAAACUGCGGGCUCGGGAAGGGGAGUUGAUCAAGACAUGGAAGGAGACGGAGAUCAUCAAUACGGUGCCUGUGGGUAAGGUACGGAUUAUGGGGGCUGCUGGCGGUGGAGGUGGAGACUCCAAGAACAAAGGCAAGGGUGGUAAUCCCAAAGGUGGUAAUGCUAAAGGAGGAAAAGGUGGAAAGAAGAAAUAA